GCUGGUAAAACAGAACAGUUGAAAAUUCUGCUCUCUAUCAAAGGAGUGUGAAGCACGUGGAGCCGUUCUCCAUGCAUGUCAUUACGAAUUAACCCCAUUAAUUCUGCUGUAGUAUCCCAGGAGAAUUAUUUGCGUGUAAGUGGAGGGGAGUUUUCAGUCCCUGAAAGGAGGUUAUUUAAAAUUAAUUCUCAUGUCAGCAGAAAGCUCAACCAUCACAGUUCGCCUUGUUCGCUCCUUUGAGCACCGGAAUUUCAGGCCUGUGGUUUAUCAUGGAGUUAACUUGGAUCAGACAGUGAAGCAGUUCAUUGCUUUUGUGCAGAAGGAUGUGCCUUCAAGAACAGGUCUUCCUCCUCCUUUUAAAGCUUACAAAUACGAUACAAUGAAGAUUAUUCACCAAGCUCACAAAUCUAAGACUGGUGAUCUAGUAGUGAGUUUGGAAGAUGAUGACAAACUGAUUUUGAAAGAAGACAGCACACUGAAAGCAGCUGGAGUAGCAAAUGAGACCGAAUUAGCAUUCUUCUGUGAGGAAGAUUACAGAAACUACAAAGCUAAUCCUGUUUCGGCCUGGUGAAGAUCCCAAGAGAUUGUUUUGUUUUCCCAUACUUGUUGUAAAUCUUCCUUGCCCUGCUUAAUGACUUUUUCUUUAAAAGAUCAAUAAAUCCUUGAGGAUUGCUUUGCAAACAGUGCAAUUCCCUUCCUAUAGAAAUUAAUUUCUGCCAAUAUGCUGAGACUUAGAGAGGGAAGGCUGGGGGACGUGCAUGGGUUUUUUUCCUCCUUCCUCUCACAUUUCUUUUCCCUUUGCUUUUCUUUCACAAUGGAGGCAGUGCAAAUGCUCUGACCUGUGGCACACAUUCCCAGUACGAUCCUGCAGUAUUAUGUCAGUUUCAUAUUGAGAAUAUACACCACACAGUAAAAACCCCUCUCAGUAGUAACUUGUAAUGAAAACUGAAUGUUUUUGUGACUGUUUCAGAGAGCUUGACAAGAGAAACUCUGUAUUUCAAGUAACAGAUUUACUCCACUCACU